AUGGCGUCCUCUUUGUAUCGUUUAAAAUUUGUGCACUUGCUUUCUUUCCUCUCAACAUUUCAUCUCAUAGCCACUCGCUCGUUUUCCUUUGUACAGCCUCUUUGCCAUGGUCAUGAAAGGUCUUACUUGCUGCAAUUUAAGCAAAACCUUGUCAUCAACAAAACUGCUUCCAUUGAUCCAUCGGCUUAUCCCAAGGUUGCAUCCUGGACAUUAGAAGGAAACAACAGUGACUGCUGCUCAUGGGAUGGGGUAGAGUGUGAUGAGUUCAUGGGCCAUGUCAUUGGUCUUGACCUCCAUAGCAGCUGUCUCUAUGGUUCUAUUAACUCUAGCAGUAGCCUUUUCAAUCUUGUUCAUCUCCAAAGGCUUAAUCUUGCUUACAAUCAUUUUAACUACUCUCAAAUUCCAUCCACAAUUUCCAGUCUAUCCAAACUAACAUAUCUCAAUCUCUCUAAUUCUUCUUUUUCUAGUCAAAUCCCAUUAGAAUUUUCACAAUUGUCCCAAAUGUCAUCCCUCGAUCUUUCUUUCAACCAUGAUUUGGAAAUCAAGAAGCCAAGUCUAGGUCGCCUAGUUGGAAAUUUAACCCUUCUAGAAAAACUUGAUUUGAGUGGGGUGAACAUAAUCUCCAUUGUGUCUAAUAUCUUGGCAAAUUUGUCUUCUUUAACGUCCCUUCGUCUCAGCAACUGCAAAUUGCAUGGGGAAUUUCCAGUAGGCAUCUUUAAGCUUCCAAAUUUACGAGUUCUUGAUGUGCAAUUCAAUGAAGGUCUCACAGGUUAUCUGCCUGACUUUCAACGGAGUAGUCCCCUUGAGGAAAUGAUCUUCUCACACACAAGUUUCUCAGGUAAGCUACCUGCUUCAAUAGGAAACCUUAGCUCUUUGAAUAAAAUUGAUCUUUAUCAGUGCAACUUCUCUGGGUUCAUUCCAUCUUCACUUGGUAGCCUCAUGCAUCUAAAUUAUCUAGACCUUUCUUGUAACACUUUCAAGGGCGACAUUCCAUCUUCCAUUGGAAACCUCAUCCAACUUUCUUAUGUACACCUUGCACAAAAUGAAUUGACUGGUCCAAUCCCUUUUCAGCUUGCAAACCUAACCCAGUUGACUCACCUUUUUCUAUAUUAUAAUUUUAUUAGUGGCCAGAUCCCUUUUGGGCUUAUGAACCUCACCAAAUUAUCUUUCUUGGACCUUGCGGGCAACCACUUUGAAGGUCAGAUUCCAAUCUUUAACCUUGAGAAUCUUGAACUUCUUGAUCUUUCCACAAACAAUUUUAUUGGCAAAGUGGAGUUCGACAAGUUUGUUAAGCUCAAAAAAUUAACUUCCUUGCAUCUAUCUUAUUGUGGGGUGUCAUUAAUUAUUGGUGAAACUAGUGACAAUACAACACUUCAAAAGUUUGAAAGUUUAGGAUUUGGUAGGUGCAACUUGAGCAAGUUCCCAGACUUCCUAGCAAACCAAGAUGAACUAACAUGGCUAGUCCUAGACACCAACAACAUUCAUGGUCAAGUACCGGCAUGGUUUUGGAAUGUGAGUAAAAAAAAUUUAGAGGUUAUCGACCUUUCAUACAACUUUCUUACAAGCCUCGGUCAACAUCCAAUUCUUCUUCCUUGGACCCAUCUAGCCAUUUUAGACCUCACAUCUAACAAGCUCCAAGGAUCACUUCCAAUUCCAUCUUUCUCCACCUUGCAAUAUCGUGUAUCAAACAAUUCAUUCACUGGAAAAAUUUCAGAGUUGAUUUGUAACAUGGGUUCUCUUCAGGUCCUUGAUUUGUCAAUUAACAACUUAAGUGGUUCACUUCCUCAAUGCUUGCACAACUUUGGUGAUUCUCUGCUUAUAUUGGAUUUACGGAGGAACACAUUUGAAGGAAGCAUCCCACAAACUUGGACAAAUGGAAGCAAAUUAAUGAUGAUUAACUUUAGCCAAAACAAGUUUCAAGGGAGGUUACCAAGAUCUUUGGCAAAGUGUAUAAUGUUGAAGGCCCUUGAUUUCAGUAAUAACCAAUUCAGUGAUACUUUUCCCUUAUGGUUAGGAAACCUUCCGAAUUUAAAGAUUCUCAUUUUGCGGUCCAACAAAUUCUAUGGCCCAAUAAGGACUCAUAAAACAAAAUAUAAGUUUCCCAGCUUGCAAAUCUUUGACCUCUCGUACAAUAGUUUUACUGGAAGUUUGCCAUUAAAAUUCUUUCAAUAUUCCUAUUCUUCCAGAUUUGAUAGCGCAGACCACUUAUCAUAUAUUCAAAUAAAUUCAUCCUUCAGUUUUCAAGGUUACAAAUGGUAUCAGGAGUAUAGUUUUGCAAUGAUGAUGAUAAACAAAGGAGUGGUCACGAUUUACACGAAGGUUCAAGAAUUGUUCACAGCUCUUGAUUUCUCAAGUAAUAGAUUUGACGGAGAUAUUCCAGAAUCCAUUGGAAAUUUAAAUUUAAGAGGCCUUCGUUUGCUCAAUUUUUCCAAUAACAUUCUCACUGGUCAAAUCCCACAAGGCUUAAAAAACCUUGUAAAUUUGGAAUCACUAGACCUUUCUCAAAACAAGCUUUACGGGGAAAUCCCACAACAACUAACGCAACUUACUUUCCUGGAAUCCUUCAAUGUUUCUAAUAAUCAUCUCAUGGGACCUGUACCACAAGGAAAACAAUUUAACACUUUUCCAAGCAAUUCAUUUGAAGGAAAUCCAGGAUUGUGUGGUAGCCCAUUGACAAAGAAAUGUAAGAACUUUGAGGUUUCACUACCUUCACCUUCAACUCCUGAAGAGAGUCAAGAUUUGGGGUCCCCAUUUCAAUUUGGUUGGAAAAUUGUUUUGAUUGGGUAUGGAUUUGGACUAGUUGUUGGAGUGACUAUAGGGCAGGUUGUGAGUGCAAGGAAUCACGAUUGGUUAAUGAAGACCUUCAGAAGGAAACUGCAGAGGGGAUUGAUUUAA